AGUGUGUGUGCAUGUGUGUAUAAUACACUGUAUAUGAAUGUGUUAGAGAGAGCCUCUUUACAAUCACGGUCCGCGAAGGCCAGUCUUAUCGUAGGCACGAUGGCUCGCGUACCGCCACUGUCAUGUCUCAUUGUGCUGCCACUCAUUACUCUAUACGCGAUAUCUCAUGUAAAUGCAACAAUUUUUGUGCCUGAAGAAAUUCCUUCGUUGUUGUCGGUAGUCUACAGUAACAUGCCACCGAUCAAAAAAGGCACGGAUUCGAAGCUGGGCGUGGGGUUCCGAUUGGGUCCAAACGCGGAUGUGCAGUUUCAGUUAGAACUCGGGCCCCAGACCAACACGUUGCCAAUUGGUGGUGCCGCAUCCGCACCCGCCGUGGCGAAUAAGAGGCACGCGACUGUAGGACAGGGCAGUGGCUUAAGUGGAGGCAAGCCAAAGGAUUGGCUGAAUGCAUGGCGGUUGCAGAUGAGCCCUGGAUACGUGGCAGACGAAAGCAAUAACGCGGUGUCAGGGGAAGUGGCGGGUGGCAGCGUCGGCGACGGCGACGGGUCAUCGGACGCGGUGGCGCACCUUAGACAACUGUACAAACCACAACCGAUUGCUGCGUAGCUGUGACACAACGCUAUUAUUUAUUAAGAUUUUAAUAUACACCGAACGAUAUUUAUUUUUCUUCAUUGUCUCUUUGUUUUGUAAACACAGUACAGGUUGAUGUUUAGCUAAUUUAGGUAUUUAUUAGUAUUGUUAGUGAUAUUUUUUAUAUGUGUAUACUACGUAGAUAUAUUAGUAUUAGAAUUCUAAUCGGAUAUCCGCUUGUAAUAAAUAAUUAAUAAAAAAAAAAUUAUACAUGA